CAGCAUUCUCCUCCGCGUGGUCACCGAGUGCAGACGUCUUGUUGCUCUCUCUCUCUCCCUCAGACAAACAUGAUGAGAUUCUGGCGCAUGGUUGUGGCGACAAUGCUGGUGGUGGCAGUCGCGGUGGCAGUGGUGGCAGCAGAGGAAGGCGAACCUCAACUUCCCGCGGCAGCACAGGAAGCCGGAACCGAAGAAGUGGCCGAGAAUUCGGACACCACUGACCCUCCAACUGCUGAUGACCAGGCGGCGCAAGACGAGGCCGUGACCUCUCAAACGACAGAAGAUGCUGAGGCAGACGACGACGAAGUUGAAGGAAGCGAAACGGCCAAGGAAAGCCCGAGCUCCGACGCCGCCGCUGAGCCUGAGGACUCUGGCGACGACGACGAUGACGGCGGCGAUGGCGACGGGGCAGGCAACAACGGGGACUCCCUCGCCGUUCACCUGCCGGCUCUCCUCGCCUCCACUGUCUUCGCUCUCAAGUUCGCCCACUGAGAGAAGAGAGGAGACACAGCAACAUGAAAGGAGAAGAUAAAGGAGAGGGACGGCGAGGACGAUGGGAGGAAGAGGACGAGGGCGAGGAGGAGGAGGAGGAGAGAUGGCAAGAGUGACAGGAAAUGGAGG